GACUGGUAGAACGCUACUGCAGUUUGGUGUCGGUUUUGGCGGUACUUCAAAUCAGUCAAAUGAGUGAGUUUGCGGAGGCCGAAGGGAUUUCGCUGAAAAGACUCGCUGAAGAACGCAAAGCCUGGAGGAAAGAUCAUCCUUUUGGUUUUGUCGCGAAGCCGGAGAAGAAUCCGGAUGGUUCACUGGAUUUGAUGACAUGGAGCUGUAGUAUCCCCGGAAAGAAAGGAACCCUUUGGGAAGGAGGCCUAUUUCACUUGCGGAUGUAUUUCAAGCCAGAGUACCCCACGACGCCUCCGAAGUGCAAAUUUGAACCGCCACUCUUCCAUCCCAAUGUUUUCCCUUCUGGAACUGUCUGCCUCUCGUUGCUUGAUGAAGAAAAGCACUGGAAGCCGGCUGUCACGAUCAAGCAGAUUCUUUUAGGUAUACAGGACUUGCUGGAUACGCCUAACCCUAAGGACCCUGCACAGGCGGAUGCAUAUACACUGUUUAUUCAAAAUAGGAAGGAGUAUGACGCCCGUAUCAAAAAGCAAGCGGAAGUCUUCCGUAAUCCUAAUCUUUAACUGUCACGACUCGGUGUGCGCCAUUGAGCAACGGACACUCGCGAUUGUCACGUCCGCACCGGAUCAGAUGUACAUAAUAUUUCGCGACUGAUGUUUUUCACACAGAUAGCUACAUUCGAUGAGUUUUUCGUUUUAUAUCCUUUGUACUCAAAUCGCAGUUUAUCGAGGUGUCCAACACUUACAUCGAUUUGCUGUCUGAAACCUGACCUGUUCUAUCGAUCAAGUCCACCUACGUAGUACUGCGGUCCUCGCAUUUACUGUAACGAAUGCUUUUUUACUGAAAUUGCCAUCUUUGCUUAUGCCUGCCUGUGUUACUUCGUACCUGUCUGGUCGUACCUCAGACAUAUGAUUGAGUCUGAGUGCAUGCACGAGCACCGUUUGCUAUUAAUUUUUGUGCUGCUUUCCCCAUUCACUGUGUUUGAUGCUCCAUGUGUCAGGGACCAUUAAUUGUGAGUUGGACUGCGAAGACCAUUGCAGUUACUUCCUAUGUUGGUGUAAGUUAUGACGUUGUGCGACAGUACAUCACCUAAAAUGACAGAUCUCAAUUCUUGUGCGGCGGAUGAUUCGCGUCGUUGCAUAUAUAUUUCAUUGUAUUCUUGUUUCCUAACUCACUUUUGCACUUUUUGUCACCAGUCGG